CCUUCGCAGGGGUAUUACUGGGACAGGUAGCUUAUUGCUGGGACAAGUCAGGAACUGGUGGCUUGUCUCGACCUUGCCUCUGCAAGGCACUGCCUGCAGGCGGCUCUUUGCCCGUUUUGGCUGGAUUUGGCAGCCGUUUGGGGUCGGAGGCUUUGCCGAGGUUUUGUUCCCAAGAUGUUUUUCCGAGGGUCCCGAAGGUUUUUUUCCGUGGGUCCCGAGGGGCGCCGAGCCCCCUGAGCGCUGCAAAUGGCGGCGGCACCGUGGCUAUCGGGACUACAACUCCCGUGAUGCCCCGCGGCGGCGCGGUGACGUCACGGAGGCGCCGGGGAGCCCGUGGAGCGUGGCCCCGACGGGAACCCCGGGAGAGCCCCGGGACGGGCCGGGACAGAGCGGGGCCAUGGCUCAGGACCGUGAGGGGCCGCCGGCCAAGCGCUUCAAGGCGGCGCAGCCCCAGGGCCACACACCGCCCGCCCACGUGCAGCGCCGCUCUCUCCCCAUCGCCGCCGCCCGGGGCCCGCUGCUGGCCCGGCUCCGCCGCCUCGACAGCGCCGUCCUCAUCGGAGAAACGGGCUCAGGGAAGACCACUCAGCUCCCUCAGUACCUGUACGAAGUGGGGAUUGGCCACCCCGGCCUCAUUGCUGUGACCCAGCCCCGCAGAGUGGCAGCUGUCACCCUGGCUGCCAGAGUGGCAGAGGAGAAGAGGACAGAGCUGGGGAAGCUGGUUGGCUACACCGUGCGCUUCGACGACUGCACUUCUGCCGAGACCAGGAUCCGGUUCCUGACGGAUGGGAUGCUGCUCCGGGAGGCCAUCGGGGACCCUCUGCUGCAGAAGUACAGCGUGGUCAUCCUGGAUGAGGCCCAUGAAAGGACAAUCCACACGGAUGUGCUCUUUGGAGUGGUGAAAGCUGCCCAAAGGAAACGGAAGGAACGGGGCCUGAAGCCACUCAAAGUGAUCGUCAUGUCAGCUACAAUGGACGUUGACCUGUUCUCCCAGUACUUCAAUGGAGCUCCUGUCAUUUAUUUGGAAGGCAGACAGCAUCCCAUUGAGAUCUUUUACACCAAGGAGCGUCAGAGUGACUACAUCCAGGCAGCACUGGUGUCCAUCUUCCAGAUCCACCAGGAAGCACCUGCGUGUCAGGACAUCCUGGUUUUCCUGACUGGUCAGGAAGAAAUCGAAGCAAUGACCAAAACCUGCCGAGACAUUUCCAAGCAUCUCCCCGAGGGCUGCCCACGGAUGACAGUGUUGCCUCUUUAUGCUUCUCUGCCCCACCCUCAACAACUCCGUGCCUUUAAGCCCACCCCUGAGGGCUGUCGCAAAGUGAUCCUCUCCACCAACAUUGCAGAAACCUCCAUCACCAUUUCGGGGAUAAAAUACGUGGUGGACACAGGAAUGGUCAAAGCCAAGAAGUACAGCCCUGACACUGGUCUGGAGGUGCUGGCAGUGCAGCAGGUGUCCAAGGCCCAGGCCUGGCAGCGCACGGGCAGAGCAGGGCGGCAGCAAAGCGGGAUCUGCUACAGGCUCUACACAGAGGAGGACUUUGAGAAGUUUGAUGAAAUGACAACACCUGAGAUACAGAGGUGUAACUUGGCCAGUGUGGUGCUUCAUCUCCUGGCCCUGAAAAUUCCCAACGUUCUCACCUUUGAUUUCAUGUCCAAACCAUCCCCUGAUGCCAUUCAAGCAGCGAUUGAUCAGCUGGACCUGCUGGGAGCUGUGACACAAAAGGAAGGGCAGCUUGUCCUGACCCCCCUGGGAAAGAAAAUGGCAGCCUUUCCUCUGGAUCCAAAGUUCUCCAAGGCCAUCCUCCUGUCCCCCAAGUUCCACUGUGCCGAGGAGAUCCUGACCAUCGUGUCGCUGCUCUCGGUGGACAGUGUCCUCCACAACCCCCCUGCCCAGAGGGAUGAGGUGCAAGCUGUCAGGAAGAAAUUCAUCUCCAGUGAGGGGGAUCAUCUCACCCUGCUCAACGUGUACAGGGCCUUCAAGAAUGUCAAUGGACACAAGGGAUGGUGCAAAGAGAACUUCAUCAACGGCAGGAACAUGAGGCUGAUGGCAGAAGUCAGAGCUCAGCUCAGGGACAUCUGUGUAAAGCUAUCGGUUCCUCUGGAGUCAUCCCGCUGGGACACGGGGAACAUCCGGCGCUGCCUGGCCCACAGCCUGUUCAUGAACGCGGCGGAGCUGCGGCCGGACGGCACCUACAGCACGGUGGACUCGCACCAGGCCGUGGCCAUCCACCCCUCCUCGGUGCUGUUCCAGUGCCGGCCCUCCUGCGUGGUGUUCAACGGGCUGCUCCGCACCAACCGCUGCUACAUGCGGGACCUGUGCCUCGUGGAUGCCGACUGGCUCUACGAGGCUGCUCCCGACUACUUCCGCAGGAAACUCCGGACAGCCAAGGACUGACCCCUGGCUCUGCAACCAGCAGGCUCAGGGCUUCUAGUUUUGCCUUAAAAGACUGAUUUUUUAUUUUUUUUUUUACUUUUUAAGGAAUGCGCGCGCUUUAUUUAGGCAGGGGAAUUUAAGUGUAUUUAUUUAGGACGGAUUUCUAUAUUUUUUUCCUGCAGGGUAAAGAAGUUGCUGCAAGAAUCCGAA